AUGUCUUCACUGAAAUUUAUUCUAAUCAAAUCACUUAUUUUUAUCUUAUUACUACAAGAAAAUGAAUGUACUGAAAAUGGCUACUUGCGUUACGUCAAAGACGGGUGCUUCAUUCGAGGUGAAGCAUUAUCAUGCGUUAAAUAUAAAGCUUUGAAAAUAGCAAAGAAAGCGUUAUUCGGUGAUAACGUUUAUAACAAUGAAACUAUAAGAGCCAAUAAGGUGGUAAGCUUCGUACCACUUGACACGGAGACUAUUGAAAAACUGAGUGUUAACGAAAAAGUGGAAUUAGCGGUCGAGCCUAAGGGAUUCCUGUCAGAAUGGGCCGAAUUGGCCAAGUAUUUUAUGAGACUCAUGAAGGAUUUCUUCAAAGUCAAAGGGCUUAGAGUGGACCUUCCUGAGGGAGCGCGCACUAUCGAAGAGGAGGAUAGCGAUGCUCGUGGCAAGAAGAAGAAGUUGGCGGUAGUUGUGCCCCUACUCACUCUACUUACUACCAUUAAGACGAAGUUGCUUCUUAUUCCUGUACUGCUAGCUGUGCUGUUGAUAAAGAAGUUGCUUCUGAUAGCUGCAUUACUGUUGCCGAGUCUACUGAACACCUUGAAGUCAUGCAAGCACCAUCACCCAUCAUACUCAUACUUCGGAAGCAGUGACGCGUCCGACUUCAACUCGGAUUAUGGCAGCUCCUAUACCUACUCAUCUGGGGCUGGCUAUAAUAAAGAUUGGGCAUCUAACAGAGCUUAUGCCAUGCCCAAAUACAGGCCAACUCCAUCACCUAUUUAUAUUACAGCCCCCGGAUCUUCUAAAUAG